GCGGCGGCGGGACGGGGCUGAGGCGGGAGGCCGGGCUGAGGCAGGCGGGGUGCGCGGAGCGGCCGCCCGCCGCACCGGGACCCCGCCGCACCAUGCCUCAGCUGCAGCCCGCCGCCGCCGCCGCCGGAGGAGCAGGGGGCGGCGGUAGCGGCGGCAGCGGCAGCAGCGACGACCUGGGCGCCCCGGACGAGCUCAUCCCCUUCCAGGACGAGGGCGACGAGCAGGACAAGGGCGCCGGGGGGCGCGGCUCGGCUCAUGGCGACCUGGACGAGCUCAAGUCCUCGCUCGUCCACGAGUCCGAGAACCGCGGCGGCGGCGGCGGCAGCGCCUCCGGGUCCGACUCUGAGUCGGAGAGGCCGCCUCAGCCGCCGCGGGAAAGUUUCCAGAAGCCGCGGGACUCUGCAGCCGAAGUAAUUAGAAGACAGCAAGAUGGAGGCUUUUUUAAAGGGACCCCUUAUCCAAGUUAUCCUUUCUUGAUGAUCCCAGAGCUGGGAAGCCCUUACCUUCCUAGUGGAGCCUUGUCUCCAAGUGGUGCUCGAACAUAUCUUCAGGUGAAAUGGCCACUUUUAGAUGUACCAGCUGGAGCUACGCUAAAGGAUGCAAGGUCUCCCUCUCCUGCCCAUUUAUCAAACAAAGUUCCUGUAGUUCAACAUCCACAUCACAUGCAUCCUCUGACACCACUCAUCACCUAUAGCAAUGACCACUUUUCACCAGGCUCACCACCUUCCCAUCUCUCCCCAGAGAUUGACCCAAAGACAGGAAUUCCACGGCCACCGCACCCUUCAGAACUCUCUCCUUAUUAUCCAUUGUCUUCUGGUGCCAUUGGACAAAUUCCUCAUCCUUUGGGAUGGCUUGUACCACAGCAAGGACAGCCGGUGUAUUCCAUUCCUCCAGGUGGGUUUAGACAUCCAUAUCCUGCCUUGGCUAUGAAUGCCUCAAUGUCCAGCUUGAUGUCUAGCAGGUUUUCCCCUCAUAUGGUUCCUCCUCCUGCGCAUGGAAUUCAUCCCUCAGGAAUCCCACACCCCACCAUCGUGUCGCCUAUUGUUAAACAAGAGCCAACACAGUCCAGCCUGAGUCCUGAAGGAAACUCAAAAACACCUGUUAUUGUCAAAAAGGAAGAGGAGAAGAAGCCCCAUAUAAAAAAGCCGCUGAAUGCGUUCAUGUUGUACAUGAAGGAAAUGCGCGCCAAGGUUGUGGCAGAGUGUACGUUGAAGGAGAGUGCUGCUAUUAACCAGAUCCUAGGAAGACGGUGGCAUUCAUUGUCCCGUGAAGAGCAAGCCAAAUACUAUGAGUUAGCACGGAAGGAACGACAGCUUCAUUCUCAACUCUACCCCACUUGGUCUGCCCGAGAUAACUAUGGAAAGAAAAAGAAAAGAAAAAGAGAGAAACAAACUCAGCAACACAUCCAGGAAACAGGAAAUCCAAUGGCUCUGAAGAGCAAGAAGCCUUGUGUGCCAUACCUGUCAGCUGACAAGUCGUGCGACAGCCCUGCGUCCUCUCAUGGCAGCAUGCUAGAUUCUCCAGCUACCCCUUCCACUGCCUUGGCAUCGCCAGCAGCCCCCGCUGCCACCCACUCUGAGCAAGCACAGCCCCUCUCCUUGACCACCAAACCCGAAGCCAGGGCUCAGCUGUCUCUGCACUCGGCGUCUUUCCUGCCCAGCAAGGCUGCUUCCUCUUCCUCAAAUCUCACCAGCCAAUCACCUCUCCUCUCCAGGGCUCUGCCCUUCACCUCUAUGCCCCCCACGGCUCUUCUGACUACGCCUCCGACUUUUGCAGCCAUUCCAUCUUCUCAGGCCACCCUGGCUAUGUUGCAGGCCCAGCCGCUCUCCUUGGUCACCAAACCAGCUGAAUGAGGGGGCUUCCCCAUUCCCCCCCCCGUCUCCGUGCUAAAAGCCCCCAGUUGAGAUUAUGAAGCAGACAAAGCCAUUUAUUGGUCAAUAUUUGACCCUUUCUGAACUCUUCCGUAAGGUGACUCUUGAGGAAGAAAGUGCUCUACUCUCAGAGUUGUUUUCAGUAGUCUGUCUGAAGACCGUUUUUAUUUUUAUUUUUUAAAUUUUUUUUAAAUAAAAAACCACCACCACCACCACGAGGAAAAAAAAAAUACUUUUUAACAAAACCCCGAAAAGACAAAGAACACAAGCCAAGUCCUGUGUUUCUGUCAGUGCCUCUUAGGCAUGUAGACUUUGUACAGAUGGAUCAUCUCUCAAUGGUGUUUGCAUGUUUUUGAUAUCUUGCUAACUUUUGCUAUCUCCCGUUCCCUUGGCCAGACAGUGUUUUGUUUUAUAUGACUUCUCCUCUCAUCCCGCUGUUCCAUUCUUUUUCUAAGAGACUUCCAAUAUGUACCAGAAGACACAGUACCACAGAAAUAUAGUACCUCACUGUCAUAUUCAGAACUGCCGUGCCUCGGGGAAGGCCAAAUGCGUUUCUUGUAAUCUGGAGUGACUGUCCGGGAAAAUGGUAGGACAAUCCAUCCUAUUUCCUUACAGAAUUAUUUUCUGUAGCAGGCAGUAGGGGAAUAGGUUUUGGGAAAUUCCCUGUUAUUUUAACAAAGGAAAAUAAAUCUGCAUCCUAACUUGC